UUAUAUAUAUUUUCAAUUUCUACUAUAAAUAGAGGGCAACUUGUGUGGUUCACUUACAUUUAAUUUGCCUUCAAGAAAGAAAAAAGAAAAAAAUAAAAAUAAAAAUAAAAAUGGAAAACUCAGUCUCUCUAAGUGAUUGCCACGUCAAGAAAAAGAAUCUCAUAAUAAACAGAUUCCAUUUCUUCAUCCAUGGAAUCUCUCUCAUAGCUCUACUCCACUACAGAAUCACCACAUCCUCCCUUACACGUGCCCCUCACGUGCUAAUCCUAAUCUCCGAGCUCAUACUCUCCUCCAUAUGGCUUCUGGGCCAGGCCUCCUACUGGAGACCCGUCGUGACCCGAACCGUUUACCCGGAACGGCUGCCCCGGGACGAAAAGCUGCCCGGCAUCGACGUGUUUGUGUGCACCGCCGACCCGAGUAAAGAACCCGUUUUGCAGGUGAUGAACACGGUUAUAUCCGCUUUGGCGCUGGACUACCCGCCCGACAAGCUCCAUGUUUAUCUCUCCGACGAUGGUGGGUCCCACGUCACGUUUCGGGCCGUUAAACGGGCCUGGAUUUUCUCGGAGAUGUGGGUCCCGUUCUGCAGGAAGUAUCGGGUCGAGAACCCGUGCCCCGAGUCUUAUUUUUCGUCUGGUGAAGAAGAAAGUGCAGGGUUUGGUUGCAGUGAGUUCUUGGUGGAUAAGUAUAAUAUCGAGAAAAGGUACGAGGAAUUCAAAAACUCUGUAGCAAAGAUUGUCGGAGAAACAAGUGCUUACAUGAGUAGAGAUCAUCCAUCUCUAGUUGAGGUGAUUAGUGAUUCAAAUGGAGAUAGAAAAUUGCCUCUUCUGGUUUACGUUGCUCGUGAAAAAAGGCCUUCUCGUCCACACAAUUUCAAAGCCGGUGCAAUUAACGUUCUUCUUCGAAUAUCAGGCAUGAUAAGCAAUUCGCCGUACAUUCUGGUACUUGAUUGUGACUUUUAUUGCAACGAUCGAUCAUCGGCCCGUCAAGCAAUGUGCUUCCAUCUCGAUUCUAACUUGUCCGAAAAGAUCGCGUUCGUCCAAUUUCCGCAGACGUUUCACAAUAUUAGUGACACUGAUAUAUAUGAUGGGAAGUUGAGAUAUAUUUGGCCGAAAUUUGAAGGAUUAAAUGGGCUACGGGGGCCGUUUUUAUCCGGGACAUGCUUUUAUAUAAAGAGGGAAGCGCUCUAUGGAACUCGAAAAUUUCAUGACGAUGUUGAUCUUCUCCGGGUCAAGAAGUAUUUUGGGUCGUCCGACGAGUUCAUCAAGUCGAUAUCUAGAAACUACAAACCGAGUUAUUCGAACGACAAAAAGUUUUUGGAUAAUUCGUUGCAGAAUGAGUUGCAUUUGCUAGCUUCUUGUAGCUAUGACAAUGACACAAAAUGGGGGAAAGAGGUGGGGUUUAGAUAUUUCGCGGUGGUGGAAGAUUAUUUUACGGGGUUGAAUUUGCACUGCGAGGGGUGGACUUCGGUGUAUUACGAACCAUCGAGGCCGUGUUUCUUGGGCGCGUCGCCAAUUAGUCUAGGGGAGCUUCUGGUGCAGCACACGCGCUGGAAUGUGGGAUUGAGCCAGGUUGCUCUGUCGAGGUUUUCGCCUAUGAUUUACGGCACAAUGAGAAUGUCGGUUUUCCAAAGCAUGUGUUAUGCAGAAAUUGCAUACAGCCCCCUUUACUUCUUGGCCCUUUACAUUUUAGCCCUCGUUCCUCAGCUCUGCCUUCUCCAGGGGAUUCCUCUGUAUCCUGAGAUUUCAAAUCCAUAUCUCCUCGUGUUUUUAUUCGUUGUCCUCUCAUCCCAAGCGAGACACUUACAAGACGUCUUCUCAACGGGGCACAAAAUCCAGGCGUGGUCAAACGAACAUCGCAUUUGGAUGAUGAAAUCACUAACAUGUUACUUCUAUGCCACGUUGGAUGUUAUAAUGGAAAAAUUUGGUCUGAAAAAUAAUAGUUUCGUACCGACAAAUAAGGUCGUAGACGAGGAGCAAGCCAAACGCUAUCGAAUGGGAGUGUACGAUUUUCAAGCACCGGCAAUGUUUAUGGUUCCAUUGUGCACACUUUACAUAGUAAACGUUGCUUCUUUUGUCGUUGGCAUUGGGAAGAUAAUUUUGGGGGGUGGGAAUAGCAACGAGAUGGUCGUACAAGCUUGUAUCCCGUUAUUCGUUGCGGUUUUGAAUUUCCCUUUGCUCGAAGGGAUGGUGUCGAGGAAGGACAAGGGGAGAGUUUCGUCGUUUGUUUCUCUUAUUUCUGUUUUAAUUGCGGCGGUUGUCUUGUCUUUUGCGUUUUUGGUCUAACUAAAAAAAUGAAUGUACGAGAUUAUUCAAUUUGGACAAUAAAACUUGGAAGUUAUUUUGUUACUGAGAUUAUUCAAUUUGGACAAUAAAACUUGGAAGUUAUUUU